AUGCAUGGCGAACGUGUCGAGCUCAGUUGCCCGAAGUGUCCACGGCGUUGCCCGAUAAAGAUCUGCCGUAUCUUAUCGCCCUCCACAGCGAAGUUGCCGGCGAAAGCAGCGGUGCUCAGGGAAGCUUUGGGCCCUAGAGGAGAGGCCGAGCGAGGGUCUGGCAAGGGAGUGGGCCGGAAGCACGACGACGAGCCCCAAGAAGAACAAGAGGAUAGAAUGGAGGGAGGGGCCGAGACGAGUGGGCCCCUGAGGAGGGUGGCCCCUGAGGAGCAGGAGGACGCCAUAGGCGUGGAGGCCGAGGCAGUUGCCGCGGCUGCUGCAGCAUUAGUGAAUGAAGCGACCCAGCAGAGUGGAGGGCCUAUGUCGACUCGGCCGUCUCUUGUUAUGCCCCCGCAGACGCUCAUCGAAUGCAAUGAGGAACAUCCCAAGCGAGAUGCCUGCAGCAGCUAUGGCCAGCAGCAUGUGGGAAAGCCACCGGGGUUCGAGUCAUACAGACCUAACAUCAGCAAUGGUCGCAAUAGACAGGGGGAGCCCGACGACAAUCACCGUCAUCAGCCUACCGCAAAUGAACUCGAAAUUCAGCGGAGUAUCUUGGCCGCUGCAAAGUCGCG